CCUAACUCCCUACCUACACUCACCUUUCCUGGCCCCAUCCCCGCCUCUUCGACCUGUUUGUUUCCUCUCCACCUAUCCUCUCCUCUAUCCCUCUUCUAUCCGCCUCCCACUCUCUCCCUAUUUAUUUCAAAACCCCCUUCCCCUCCCCCUUUUCUGAUGAAGGGUCUAGGUCCGAAACGUCAGCCUCUCUGCUCCUAUGAUGCUGCUUGGCCUGCUGUGUUCAUCCAGCCCUGCACCUUGUUGUCUCGGAUUCUCCAGCAUCUGCAGUUCCUACUAUCUCUAAAUUAACCAGCACCUCUAUGCAAGAAACUUGAAAGUAUGGCCCUUCCGCUAAUCUAACCAAAACUAUGGAUAUGCUACGUGGACGACACCUUUGUCAUCAUUAAACGGACCAAACUGGGUUUUUUUUUCCUUGGAAGGUCUGCAACAAAUGUGUUGCAGCCAGAUUACGUUUAUCUGGUCCUGCAGCAGCUGAAGGAGGUCGAACAAGUCAGCAGUGUUACUAUGGUAACAGUAGGGGCCUAACUGUAGUGGGAGGCGGGGCCGGCGGUUAAGACCGCCCAGCGUGGUUACAAUGGCAACUGUGCGAAGAGAGGGAUGGGCAUGGGUUAAGGGGCGGGGUUAUUCGGCAGGAUGUCCCGCCCAUGCGGAGUUACGGUGGUAACGGUGCGCUGGGGGGGCGGGGCUAUGGGGCAUGUAGCCCAAGAGAGGGGCGACGGGAGCAGAGUCAAGUGGGCAGGUCCGCCGUGCCGCGUCACCAUGGUGACAACGCCGUGAGUGGGCGGGGUAGAGAGCGCCGUGGGGGGUGCGGCUGGUGGUGAAGUAGGCCCCGCCCAACCGGGUUACCAUGGCAGCAGCGGCUGUCCAGAGUGAGGGAGGAUGGAGUCAGGCGCGGCCCAGAGCGGCUUCGAAAUGGAGAUAACCCUGUAAAGCCCAGGCAGCUCCACUGCAACUAGUGUAACUCACCCCGACCUCAAACCCUUAUCUAUUAACCAAAGUAAACCUACACAAAACAUGGCGGAUAACGACAACUCAUCAUCUACAAAGCCCUUUGUCGGGGAGAUCAAAAGUGGGUUGAAACCGUCCAUGAAGAUGAGUAUCACAGGGAUGGUUCAUUCACACCCCAACAGCUUUGUAUUAAGUCUCAUCGGCAACCCUUCAGAACCAGAUACAGACGUGGGCCUUGAAGUGACUAUUAACUUCCGGGAUCGCUCAGUUAUACGGAAUGCCAAAGUUUCAGGCAAAUGGGGGAAAGAAGAGAAAAACAUACCGUAUUUCCCUUUCACACCAAUGCAGCACUUCAAGAUGGAAAUCCUAUGUGAACACCAGCAGUUCCGGGUUCAAGUGGAUGGACAACGGCUAUUUGAUUUUACGCAUCGCAUCCAACAACUACAAAAACUAACUGCUUUAAAAAUUACAGGCGACGUUCGACUGACAAAAGUAGUUUAAUCUUAGUAAUAACAGUUCUAAAGAGAAGAUAACUGAAAACGUGUGGUUCCCCCAGCUUUUAUAAUUCAAGUUAAAGUUUUUUAAAGUCUGCGGACACUGAUCCUGCACCAACCGGCUUUCUAAGUAGGAAAACAAUUUCUUUUGCAAACAUGGUAGAAGUGUACUUUUAAAAAAAAAUUAAAAGUCAGCAACAUAUGUUCAA